GUCCGGCGCAGCUCAACCCACAGUUCAGAGUAUGGAGCACAAGUGGCGGAGCUGGUUGGGACAUGUCUGAGUAGCAACUUGUGCAGUUUACGGAAACGUACAGGACUAAAACCCCGUGGUGAAGAUGGGACAAUGCGGCAUCACGUCCUCGAAGACCGUGCUGGUCUUUCUGAACCUGAUAUUUUGGGCUGCUGCUGGUAUCUUAUGCUAUGUUGGAGCCUAUGUCUUCAUUACAUAUGACGACUACGAUCACUUCUUUGAGGAUGUGUACACAUUCAUCCCAGCAGUGACGAUCAUCGCAGUUGGAGGUCUGCUGUUUAUUAUUGGUCUCAUUGGAUGCUGUGCGACAGUCAGAGAGAGUUACUGUGGGCUUGUAACGUUCGUCAUCGUCCUUCUGCUGGUUUUCAUGACGGAAGUGGCUGUGGUGGUUCUUGGAUAUGUUUACAGAGCAAAGGUUGAAGAUGAAGUCAAUAAUUCGAUCAAGAAAGUUUAUGAUGAGUACAACGGCACCAACAGCAACGCUCAGAGCCGCGCCAUCGACUACGUCCAGAGACAGCUUCAGUGCUGUGGCAUCCACAAUUACUCAGACUGGCAACACACACACUGGUAUGAAGAAUCCAAAAACAACAGCGUACCCAUCAGCUGUUGCAGAGCUGAUAUUGUAGGCUGCACAGGGUCCCUCACUCGCCCUGAAGAUCUCUACCAAGAAGGUUGUGAAGCUCUGGUUGUGAAGAAGAUGAAGGAGAUCAUGAUGUAUGUCAUCUGGACUGCACUGACAUUUGCUGCAAUCCAGAUGCUGGGGAUGCUGUGUGCAUGCGUUGUGCUGUGCCGCAGAGCCAGAGAUCCUGCCUAUGAGCUUCUCAUCACAGGAGGCACCUACGCAUAAAGACGAACACCUUUCUCACCAUAAGACAUACUCUGAGAAAUUGUCAUGUGUUAUUGCUGAGAGCAUGAAAAUAAUCCUUAAACACACUAACCUUAACACACUAACCACAGUAUGUUACAUGUCUGAUCUGUUUUUCCAAAAAGCUACUGGCCAAAUACUCUGGUCAAUGAGGGCUGCUUUUUCAGUUUUACCUUUUGAGAGUGUACAGCGUGCGGACGUCAAACCCCAUUCUUCCCAAACUCAACACUUCUUAGUCCUUUAUUGUAUGGAAUAAAUUGUGGACAGGGUAAAUUUCCUCAUAUUAAUUUGCACUAUGUGUUUGGCUUUGGAUAUUUUAUAUUUAAAUCUGUCAUGUACUUGAAAGAAAGACUUUAUAUAAUGUUACACUGUACCUCUGUUAUGACUACUAUUACUACUACUACUACUUCUACUACUACUACUACUACUGCUUCUACUACUGUUCAUAAUUACAGCACCUUCACCAGCAGUAUUCUGUCAAGUAAUAAUAGACACUGAAGCCCAAGUCAGUGACGCCGCACAUUUAUGCGUCUAAAUAUGUGGUUUAACAGGUUUAUCUUACGACCUUUUAGAGAUUUAACCUAUGACCCCCUUGAGGCAUUUACCUCAUAGUAAAACAUUCUUUACCGAAAAUUAGACUCCAUAGCUGUUUUUUUUGUUGUUUUUGUUUCCAUAAUCUACUGAUGGUAGUUUUAGACUUUGAUUUUCCUUUAUGUAGCAACAAGACUCAAGAAUGUAAAUAAAGUAUAAGGGAACGUUUA